AUGAAGAAUUUGGUAGUACUUAAUAGAGGUUAUAUUACUCCAGAAUCAAGAACAUAUCCAAAUUUACAUCUUAUAGAUUCAGUUUAUGAUACAGUAACAGAUGCAAUUACUUUUAUAUUAUCAUCAGAAGAAAGUCAAUUAAUUGAAGUACAACAAUUUUCUAAAAAUGGUAGUGUUACUGUUUUAGCAAGUUUUCCAAUAAGUUCAACUUUAUUAAAUACAAUUCAUUUUGUGGAUUCUUCUCAAUUAGUAUUUGUUUUCAGUAAUGGUGAUAUUAUAACUACAACUUAUGAUUUAAAAUCAAAUUCAGAUUAUGAUAAUACAACUAUAGAAAUUGUUGGAACUAUUGAUGUUGGUUUACAAGCAGCUCAAUGGUCUCAUGAUGAAGAAACUUUAGUAUUAAUAACAAAUGAAAAUAAAUUAUUAUUAUUAUCAAGAAUUUUCGAACCCAUAAAUGAAAAAAUUCUAGAUUCAAAUGAUAUUAAAAUAACUGAUUCAAAACAUGUAUCAGUUGGAUGGGGUAAAAAAGAAACUCAAUUUAAGGGAAAAGGUUUCAAACAAAUAGAAAGAGAAAAAGAAGCUUUGAAAAACGCAGGAUUAGAUGAUAAAAUAAAUGAACUACGUGAUCCAACUGUUAAUGAAAUUGAAAAGGGAAUAAUAUCAAAUUUAGAUGAUAAUACCGUACGAAUAAGUUGGCGUGGAGAUUCAGAAUAUUUUUCAGUAAAUACAAAAGAACCAGUAAUUGUUGAAGAUACAGGGGAAAUGUAUGAUAGAAGAGUUAUACGAGUAUUUAAUAGAGAAGGAGAAUUAGAUAGCGUAAAUGAAGCAGUUGACGGAUUAGAACAGAAUCUUAGCUGGAAACCACAAGGUGCAUUAAUAGCAUCUACUCAAAGACAUAUAGAUGAUGAAGAAGGUGAAGAAGUAUUAGAUCUUGUUUUUUAUGAAAGAAAUGGGUUAAGACAUGGUGAAUUUAAUACAAGAUUAAACCCUGAAGAGGAAGUCAUUCAAAAUAUAACGUGGAAUUCAGAUAGUGAAAUACUUUUAUUACAAUUACAUAAUAGAGUUCAAUUAUGGACUACUAAAAAUUAUCAUUGGUAUUUAAAACAAGAAGUGUUUGCAAAUGAUAUAUUAUUUACAAAGUUUCACCCAGAAAAACCAUAUAAUUUUAUGAUUGGUACCAAGAAUGGUUUACAAAUUGUUGAUUUAACUCAUAAGAUUGGAACAGGUCCAACUAAUAAUGGAGAUGAUGUUGGUAUGACUUUAGUUACUGAUGGAUCAACAGUUAAAAUUACACCACUUUCAAUUGCUAAUGUACCACCACCAAUGAGUUUGAGGGAAUUAGAUUUAUCUGAAAAUGUUAAUGAUGUUGCAGUUAGUAAAUCCAAUGAAAAAUAUGCUGCAUUAUGUAGUAAUAAUGAUAUUUUUCUUAGUGAAUUAACGCUAAAGGAAUUGAAAGAAGGCAAACAUCCAAAAGUUUUGAGUCAUAUAGCAUCAGAUAUUUAUAUCAAUGAAAGAGAUGAAGUUGCCAAACAAAUUGCAUUUAUAAAAGAUACUUUUAUAGCAGUUGUUAUUGAUGCGCCAAUGUAUUCACGUAUUGUAUUAUUUGAAGUUGAUGAUAUAAAAUCACCAAAAAUGAAUGACUCCAUUGAUAUUACUCCAAAAGUUGUACUAAUGAAAUCAAGAGCUGAUUUUGAAACAGUAGUUAUAGAGACAGUAGACAAUAGAGUAGUACAAUUGGAUACAACACAAGAUAUUAGAGAAGUCAUUAAAUUUCCUCACUUAUGUCGUGAAUUUGAAGUUAAUUACAAUCAAGAUACUGAUGAUUUCGAAGCAUUUGGUAUAAAUAAAAGUGGGAAAUUAUUUAGAAACGAGACAGCAAUUGUUAAUGGUGUUACAUCUUUGUUAAUCACCGAAUCACAUUUAUUAUUUACAACAGUUUUAUCAAAAUUAUGUUUUGUACAUUUAAAUUCAGCACAUGAAGAUUAUGAAGUUUUCCAAAAUUUAUCAAAUGAAAAUAUCGUGGAUGAAAGAGUAAGGCAAAUUGAACGUGGAUCAUUUUUAGUUAAUGCAAUGCCUACUAAAUAUUCAGUAGUACUAGAAGCUCCAAGAGGGAAUCUUGAAACAAUUUGUCCAAGAAUUAUGGUUUUAUCAGCUAUUCGUAAAUUUGUAUCAGAUAAAAACUAUAAAGAUGCAUUUAUUGCUUGUCGUACUCAUAGAAUUGAUUUGGAUAUUUUACAUGAUUAUGAUACCGAAUUAUUUUUCAAUAAUAUUGAACUUUUCAUAAAUCAAAUUUCAAAAGUUGAUUAUUUAGAUUUAUUUGUUUCUUGUUUACAUGAAGAAGAUGUCACCAAAACGAAAUAUAGAGAAACUAUAACAGAUGCUGAAAUAAAUCAAGCUGAAAUUAAACAGAAUGGUGAAACUUUACAACCAGCAUUCCGUAAAAAAUUUCAUAACAACAAGGAACAAGUAUUUAAAAAUUUUCAAGAUUCAAAAGUUAAUAGAAUUUGUGAAGCAAUAUUGACAGUUUUACUUAAACCAGAAUAUUUCAAAAAGUAUAUGCAAACUGUACUUACAAUAUAUGCAUGUGAAAAACCUCCAAAUUUGAUAGAAGCAUUAAAAAUGAUAAGUAAAUUUGAAGAUGAAGAACAAAAAGAAACAGCCAUACAGCAUUUAUGUUUCUUACAAGAUGUCAAUAAAUUAUAUAAUACAUGUUUGGGAUUAUAUGAUGUUAAAUUAACUUUAUUAAUUGCACAACAAUCACAAAUGGAUCCAAAAGAAUAUUUACCAUUUUUACAAAACUUACAUACACAACCAGAACUCAAAAGAAAAUUUUUAAUAGAUGAUUAUUUGAAAAAUUAUGAUUUAGCAUUGAAUUGGUUACAUGAAAGAGGGGAAGAUGCAUACACAGAAUUUGAUAAUUAUGUUGUCAAACAUGAAUUAUAUAAAUUAGCAUUAAAAAUUUACGUUUAUGAAAAAAAUAGAACUAAUGACAUUAUGAAUUUAUUUGCAGAAUUUUUACAAAAAUCAGUAAAUUUUUCAGAGGCUGGAUUAACUUAUGAAUAUUUAGGGGAAUUGGACAAAGCUUUAGAGAAUUACAUAUUAGCGAAAAAAUGGAAACAAGCUUUAUCAAUUGUUGAACAAUCUGAAUUUAAGGAUAAAUUAACAGACACGGCCAACAAUUUGGUAAGUUUAUUAGUUGCUGAUCACAAAUAUAGUGAUGCAGCUGAAAUUGAAUAUCAAUUUUUGGGCAACAUAUCAGAAGCUAUAAGAUUAUAUUGUAAACAAUAUUGGUUUGAUCAAGCUAUACUAUUAGCUGAAAAAACUGAAAAUAGAGAGUUAAUAGAAUCUGUUGUUGAUGUUCAAAUAAAUGAAGGAUUUGGAACAAUUGCAGAAUUAUUAGCUGAUUGUAAAGGUCAAAUGAAUUCUCAAGUUAAAAGAUUAAGAGAAUUAAGAACCAAAAAAGAAGAAGAUCCUUAUUCAUUCUAUAGUAAUCCGGAUGAUUUAGAUACACCAGAUAAUGUAUCAGUAGCAGCAUCAGAAACAUCAACUGCUCCAUCAUUUUUCACAAGAUACACAGGUAAAACAGCAGGUACUGCUAAAACAGGAGCAUCACGUCGUACAUCAAAAAACAAAAAAAGAGAAGAACGUAAAAGAGCUAAAGGUAAAAAAGGUACAAUUUACGAAGAAGAAUAUCUUAUAAAAUCAGUUGGUAGAUUAUUAGAAAGAUUAGAUCAAACUCAACAAGAUGCUAUAAAAUUAAUUGAAGGAUUAAUUAGAAGAAAAAUGAAAGAACAAGCUUAUCAAAUUCAAAAAAAUUGGAUUGAAUUAAUUAAUUAUAUAAAGGAAAAUAUUGAUGAAAUUCAUAAUAUGAAUGAAAAAGAUCGUGAAAGAAUUGAUGAUAAUGGAGAAAUUUAUCUUAUUGAAGAAAUUCCAAAACCUACAAUUAAUGAAUUUCCGAAAUUUAAUAUCUUGGAUUUUUAA